AUAAAAAAAAAAAGCAAAAUGGCCGUGUUGCCAAUCAUCUGCCGUUUCAAUUAUUUUUGAUUAAUCCAUUUGUUAGAUAAGUUUAAUUCUAGUUGCUUUUAUAAUAAUUAAAAUAACUGCAUUUCUUGUACAUUAAUUACUGAUUUUAAAAGUUGUUAUAUUUUAAUUCCCAAAUGAUCUUUGCGACUAUGUAGUUUUUAUUAGUGGUAAUGGAAUCCGUCGAAGACUCAAAUAAUUGUACUUCAAUGAGUGAUAGUUUCUCAAUGUAUGAACGUUAUAUGAAAAGUUUUAACGUUAGAGACAAUUUUUACGACCCAGACAGUGCCUCUGCAUCUUCAAUCAGCCGUGAGAGUUCCAACGGUGGGACCAUUGACCUUUCUAUUGUACUACCACAACAUGGUAUUGCGAUUGAUGCUGUUUGUGAUUCCCAGUUUUACAAUGUCGAGAAAACUUGUGAUUCGAAGGACAAAUCGUUAUUCUUAGUCGCAUCUGUAACAUCAUCUCAUACCGAUAGGUCUGACCUUGCAGAUGCACGCAUUUCCGAUGAAUCUUGCGGAGGCAAACCAGUUUUCAUUUCAUCAAUAAUGGAAAACAGUAACAACGCGGUAGACAGUGUGCCACUAUUCGAAGUAAAAAAUGAAAAUGUGUUUAAACUACCAAUUACUGAACUGUCUUUUAAUGGAACACUAAAACAUAUGCAAAAAUUAAAACCUAUAGUUGAUCCUAUUACUGCAUUAAGUACUUUUAUGCAUCAUGACACUACGGGAAAAAUUAAUAAUGAUCUUCUCACCUGUAGUGAAGAGAGAAGUAGUGAUUCAAAAAAUGACAGACUGAUAAGGGAUAACGCUGACUACCAGUACCAAAAUAUGGAACAAAAGGAUUCUGAUUUAGAUAGCACCUCAAAAUGGAAUGAUCAAAGCUUCUCCUCUCUAGAAGCUUCAUUUGACAGUGGAGUGAGAUCUCCUGACAUAUUCUCUGACGGUGAAGAUAUUGUGGUAGAGUCGGAGACAAAAAAAUUUUGGACAUUUUUACAAAAUGUUGAAUUAUAUGACAAGAAGAAAUUAAAAAAAAUUCAGGAAACCUUACAAGGUGUCUUGCCACCACCCUCUGUGACUACUAUAAAAAUUGAUGUAACAGAUAUGCUACGAAAGUAUUACACUCAUCUACCACAAUUUAAUACCACUGAAAUUUUAAAUACAAACGAAAACUCUAUGACUCCUACCAAAAAAGUUUCCUUUAUACAAAUCCCAGAAACAUAUGAUUCUAUACAAGAAAUAACUGAAAGUAAAACAAAAGAUGUGAUAAUAGAUAUUUGUAGUACAAAACAUCAGGAAGUAUUAUCAAAGGCUAUACAAGUUGAGGAGAUUCAGAGUUCUGAUACAGAAGCUCAAAAAAUUAAGGAGUCCUGUGAGAACACAUCUAAGUCCGACUUCGCUUCAAGUUCGCAUGACCGAAGUAUUGAUUUACAAUUGUGUUUAGAAACAGACGUUAAGGAGAGCUUGUGGCCUGAUAUUUUGAAAUGCAGAUAUCACGAUGUUUACUACAAUCUAAGUAGUCAUCGCGAAAACUAUGAAAUGCUACUACAACGCUACGCAGAGAGAUUCAUCGGCGCAGAGACAGACACGAGUGUCAACAUUCACUCCGGCGGAACGCAGUCCCCGACCAGCGCUAGCAAACGGAAAGCUUUACGGCUCAAGUUGGCCCAAGCCAAGUCCCCCGGCCGGAGGCUGUCUCACUUGGCCCGGCGCCGCCAGGCUUUCUGCAGCGCCGCCACCGUCGGCCAAAAGGCCCACCAGUCGAGCAGAAUGGUCCUCAUCGACAAGAAUUACUUUCCGCACAGAAAAGUCGUCAACUCGGCGGACAGGCACGGGAAGACCCGGCGGACUCCCGGCAAGAAGACGCCGAGGAAGACCCCCGAGGCGGGCGGAUCCAGCAAAAAGAAGGCCGCGAGGCGCCUGCUCAUGGACGAGGCUCCCAAGCGAGCCCUGUUCGUGAGCGCCGAGGGCGCGGCCCUAGGCCUCUCGGCGCCGAAGCCGCUCGGCAAGUCCCGGCGGUCGCUGUUCGGGUCGCCCGUCGGUCAGACCGAGAGCAAAAGCACGGACGGGACGUUCAAGAGGAAGAGGGAAGACGACGACGGAGAUUCGAAGAGGGUGAAAAUGGCGAAGAGCUUAUCCUUCGGAGGCGACUCUUCCGAAUACCCGCAUUCGCUCGUGCCCCUCCAGAGGCGCGCUUCGGAGUUGCUGUCCUCCAAGAACAGCGCCGAGCUCAACGAUUCGCACAAGAAGAAGCUGCUGUGGGCCGUGUCGGAAGCGCUGCGGACGCACGGCUGGCGCAUGUCGUGCCCCGGCUUCCGCGAGAAGGCCUCGCAGUUGGCGCGCCUCACGCGCAGACUGCUCACGCUGCCGCCGCACGCGCACCGCCUGGCCGCGCCCGCGCUCUCCACCUCCGAGACCCUGCUCAAACUCGCCCGCCGAUACGCGUUCGCCGUCAUCCGAGGCCGCACCGUCGAGGAGUGCUUCCGGGACGAGGAGACGAGGCUGGCCGACGAGGGGAAGGAGCUCGUCUCUCGGCUCGGCCGGCCCGCGACCGCGGACUCGUACCCGACCGUCCUCGAGAGGUUCGCUCGUGGAUCGAGCUCGACGCCUUCCUUCGAGGACGCCGCCCGAGCCCGAGCCAAGCGGCAGAUCUCCUUCGACGGGGCGGACUUCGCCGACGCGUCGUAGCUUUUUACGAAUAAUUUCUAAGUUACACUUUGGUAAUUUAGGUAAAAAGUCGACCGCUCGCGGGUGUGCUAUGUGUAUAUUUGACGCGGAGCGCGAGGGGAAAUUCAGACGACGUUCGUCGGAAACCAGUGCAUAGACGUGGAUUGUAUCGAUAUAGGUAAUAAAUUAUUUUCAAAUAUA